CGAAUAUUGUACAUAGUAGUAUUAUAAAAGCUCUCACAGUUGCAAGAGGUCGUCAGAAUUUCGUGAGACGUCGAAAGAGAAAGAACGUUUUAUUUUUAAUAAACAAAAAUUGAACUUUACAGUGCUAUUUUUUAUUUUUAAAAAAGUGUCUAAGCAAAAAAACAAGCAAGAAUGGCAAAGGCGCCAGCAAUUGGAAUCGAUCUGGGAACGACCUACUCUUGUGUAGGUGUUUUUCAACAUGGAAAAGUUGAGAUCAUCGCAAAUGAUCAGGGUAAUCGGACAACACCAAGUUAUGUCGCUUUUACCGACACGGAACGACUCAUCGGUGAUGCAGCCAAAAAUCAAGUUGCUAUGAAUCCUAGUAAUACUAUUUUUGACGCAAAACGAUUAAUUGGUCGUCGAUUUGAUGAUCCAGCAGUGCAGAGUGAUAUGAAACAUUGGCCAUUCACUGUGAUGAAUGACAAUGGACGGCCAAGAAUUCAAGUAACCUAUCGUGAUGAACUAAAAACAUUUUUCCCCGAAGAGGUAUCAUCAAUGGUACUUGUAAAAAUGAAAGAGACAGCCGAAGCAUUUUUGGGUAAAAAAAUAACUGACGCUGUUAUUACUGUACCAGCCUAUUUCAAUGAUUCACAACGUCAAGCAACAAAGGACGCCGGUUGUAUUGCCGGUCUUAAUGUAUUACGAAUCAUUAAUGAGCCAACGGCAGCCGCAAUUGCCUAUGGUCUUGAUAAAAAAACAGCUGGCGAGAAGAAUGUUCUUAUUUUUGAUUUAGGUGGUGGUACAUUUGAUGUUUCAAUUUUAACAAUUGAAGACGGAAUUUUUGAAGUUAAAUCAACAGCAGGCGAUACACAUCUUGGUGGUGAGGAUUUUGAUAAUCGUAUGGUAACACAUUUUGCCUUGGAAUUUCAACGAAAAUAUAAAAAAGAUUUACAAUCAAAUAAAAGGGCAUUAAGACGAUUGCGUACUGCUUGUGAAAGGGCAAAACGAACAUUGAGUUCAUCAACACAAGCGAGUAUUGAAAUUGAUUCACUAUUUGAUGGUAUUGAUUUUUAUACAUCAAUAACGAGGGCACGUUUCGAGGAAUUGUGCGCUGAUUUAUUUAGAAGUACAUUGGAACCUGUUGAAAAGGCAUUGAGGGACGCAAAAAUGGAUAAGGCACAUGUUAACAGUAUUGUACUUGUUGGCGGUUCAACGAGGAUACCAAAAAUUCAAAAAUUAUUACAAGAUUUCUUUAAUGGUAAAGAAUUGAAUAAGUCAAUAAAUCCUGAUGAGGCUGUGGCUUAUGGUGCCGCUGUACAGGCAGCAAUUCUUCAUGGCGAUAAAUCAGAGGAGGUACAAGAUCUUUUGCUACUUGAUGUAACGCCAUUGUCACUUGGUAUUGAAACUGCCGGCGGUGUUAUGACAACGUUGAUUAAACGAAACACGACAAUACCAACGAAACAAACACAAACAUUUACAACUUAUUCUGAUAAUCAACCGGGUGUAUUGAUACAAGUUUAUGAAGGCGAACGAGCAAUGACAAAGGAUAACAAUAUAUUGGGUAAAUUUGAACUUAUUGGAAUUCCACCAGCACCACGUGGUGUACCACAAAUUGAAGUUACAUUUGAUAUUGAUGCAAAUGGAAUUUUAAAUGUUUCGGCUGUUGAAAAAUCAACUGGCAAGGAGAAUAAAAUUACUAUCACCAAUGAUAAGGGACGAUUAUCAAAGGAUGAUAUUGAAAGAAUGGUGAAUGAGGCGGAACAAUAUAAACAGGAGGAUCAAACACAAAUGGAAAGAAUAGCGGCGAAAAAUUCAUUGGAAUCAUAUUGUUUCAAUAUGAAGGCAACUGUUGAUGAUGAGAAAAUUAAGGAUAAAAUUGAUGCCGCCGAUAAGGAAAAGGUAUUGGCAAAAUGUAAUGAAGUUAUUGCAUGGUUGGACGCUAAUCAAUUGGCUGAAAAAGAGGAAUUUGGUCAUCAGCAAAAGGAACUCGAAGCUGUUUGUAAUCCAAUUGUCACAAAACUUUAUCAAGGAGCUGGUGGUGUUCCUGGUGGUGCUCCAGGAUCAACUCCAACUGGUACUGGUCCCGCCGGUGGACCAACCAUCGAGGAAGUUGAUUAAAUUUCCAUUUUUCAAUUGCACGUUAAAAUUUCGAAAUAUUAUUUCGCUUAUAUAUAUAUACAUGAAAAAAAUUUAUUUACUUGCAAGACUGAUUCAGAUAAAUAUUAAAAUAGAAAAACAAUGUGACCAAUAAAAAUUUUCAAUUGUUUCUUUUUAUGAAAUUAAUAUGCGAAAAAAAAAAUGUUACCAUCCAUUAUAUAAAAAAUUAAUAGUACAAAAAAUAAAACAUAUAUUUUUCAAAAUAAAAAUGAAUUUUUCGUUACGAAUUUUUUGCAGUAGAGAAGAAAAAAAAAAUUGAAUUUGUUUCUAAAUUUAAAAUUUUUAAAUAGCAAAAACAGAAAAUAAAAAAAUAUAAAAUUUACGUAAGAAGAAAUUUGUUUCAAAACAAUAUAAAAAAAAUUUAGUCCAGAGAAAUAAAAUUAUUUAUAAUAUUAAAAUAUUGAGAAAUAUAUUAUAAUGUUCAGAAAUAUUAUAUUUAUAAAUAAAUAAAUCUUUAUAUAUUGUAUUACAGUUUGUUACAUUUUUCGUGAUUAAUUUAUUUCAUUGGACUGAAAUUUGAGGAAAUAUUUUUUAUUUUUGGAAUGUUUAAAAAAAAAAAAAAAAAUUUCUCUUGUGUAAUAAUUUUGAAAAACUCGUAUUUCGAAUAUGUGUGAGAAUUUAAUGAUUUUCUAUAAAAAGAGUUUAAUAGAAAAAAAAAUUAAAUCUUUAUAUUAUAAAAUCAAAGUUUGUUUCUUUAUACAUUACAAAAUCGAAAUUUGUUUCAUUGUAUUACAAAAUCCAAGUUUGUUUCUUUGUAUUAGAAAAUCAAAGUUUGUUUACCAUUAAAGAAUUGUUGUUAAUGUUAGCACCAUAUUUUUGAAAUAUGUUUCAAAUCAAUAUUUUCUAAAUUUUAAUUCAAAGUCUUAUACUUUGAAUUCCAUAUAGAUAUUAUAAAAAUAUUGCACAAUAUGCUUUGCGAUUUGAUUUGAAAAUUUUCACACGACUGAUUUAUUUAUUUUUACCGUUUUUGUAUUGUUCAAAUUUCAUAAAAGUCAAUAAAUGUAAUUAAAAAUUA